AUGUCUGCCCAUCAUCUUUCCGAUUUCCAGAAGAACAAGAUCCUGUGUGUGUUCAACACUUUCUAUGAUUGCAACCAUGACGGUGUCAUUGAAUGGGACGACUUUGAACUGGCCAUCAAACCUGUACAGAGAAUGUCCGAAAAAGUAAUUGCUGCAUCAUUUUGCCGACAAAUAUAUACUUAUAUAUUUUUCUAUCUAUCUAUAUAUGCCUCUGUCACUAUCUAUCUAUCUAUCUAUCUAUCUAUGUGUUGUGCUUCAACACUAUGUCUUUUUUUCUCUAUGUGCGUGCCUGUCUGUUUCUAUCUAUCUAUCUAUCUAUCUAUCUAUCUAUCUAUCUAUCUAUGUCUUUUUUCUCUAUGUCUCUGUCUGUCUGUUUCUAUCUUUUUCUAUCUAUAUGUGCCUCUUACUAUCUAUCUAUCUAUCUAUGCCACUUCCUAUCUAUAUAUAUAUAUCUUUCUAUCUACAUACAUAUAUAUAUAUUCUAUCUGUCUGCCUUUUUAUAUCUAUCUGUGUUUGCCAGUCCAUUUCUCUCUAUAUGAACAUCUAUCUAUCUAUCUAUCUAUCUAUCUAUCUAUCUAUCUGUCUGUCUUCUUUCUCUGUCUCUGCCAGUCAGUUUCUAUCUAUAUAUCUUUUUCUAUCUAUAUAUGCCUCUUCCUAUCUAUCGAUCUAUCAAUCUAUCUAUCUGUGCCUCUGCCAAUAUCUAUCUAUCUAUCUAUCUAUCUAUCUAUCUAUCUAUCUAUCUAUCUAUGUCUAUUCGUAUCGAUCUAUCUAUCUAUCUAUGCCACUUCCUAUCUAUAUCUUUCUAUCUAUAUACAUAUAUAUUUUCUACCUGUCUGCCUUUUUAUAUCUAUCUGUGUUUACCUGUCCAUAUCUAUCUAUCUAUCUAUCUAUCUAUCUAUCUAUCUAUCUAUCUAUCUGUGCCUCUGCCAAUAUCUAUCUAUCUAUCUAUCUAUCUAUCUAUCUAUCUAUCUAUGUCUUUUUUCUCUAUGUCUCUGUUUCUAUCUAUCUAUCUAUCUAUCUAUGUCUUUUUUCUCUAUGUCUCUGUUUCUAUCUAUCUAUCUAUCUAUCUAUCUAUCUAUCUAUCUAUCUAUCUAUCUGUCUGUGCCUCUUCCUAUCUAUCUAUCUAUCUAUCUAUCUAUCUAUCUAUCGUGUUAA